AUGGCAACGGCAAACGUUACCCUGGAAAAUCAGCUGCACAGCGCACAGAAGAACCUGCUGUUCCUCCAGCAGGACCAUGCCAACACGUUGAAGGGGCUGCACGCAGAGAUCCGCAGAUUGCAGCAGCAGUGCACAGACCUGACAUAUGAGCUCACUGUGAGAAGCUCUGAUCCCUCAGACAGCAGCGAAGUCCGUUGCAAGGAGCUGCAAAGGAGGUGUGAGGAGCUCGAAGUUGAGCUCAAGAAGAAGGAGGAGGAGAACACGGAGCUGCUCAGGGAUCUGGAGCAGAAGAACGCCAUGAUCUCCGUCCUGGAAAACACCAUCAAGGAGAGGGAGAAGAAGUAUUUGGAGGAGCUUAAGAUGAAGAGCCACAAGCUGGCCAUCUUGUCCGGGGAGCUCGAGCAGAGAGCGAGCACCAUCGCUUACCUCACCUCACAACUUCACGCCACUAAGAAGAAGCUGUUGGCCGGCAGCUCCUCAGAGGCCAGCCCCAAUGUCAGUCCGGUCACAUCAUACAAGCCCACGCCGCCUCCGUCCAAGGACAGACAGCCUGAAACCCCACGUCGCCGUAUGAAGAAGAGCCUCUCGCAGCCUCUUCACCCAGAGUUGACAGAGGUGUACAAGCUCGGCCAGGAUGGCAGGCGGCUAAUUUUGCGGGAGACGGUUGACGCCAUGCCUGACCCCACUCCCUUCCUCCAGGCCGGCAGAGAGUCUCCAGAACCUCAGGUUGUGCGUGAACGGCCUGCUGUCAUCCCUCCCAUUGCAUCUGAGCGCUCUCCCAUCCCUCCCCUGGGUGCCAUGGCCAGCCCUCGCCACAGCCCCGCUCGAGACCGCCAGUACAGGGCUCACGUGGGCGUGGCGCACCGCAUCCCACAUGGCACCCCCCCCCUGGCCCCGCCACAGGCAGAGCUGGAGACACUGGCCGUGGACCAGGUCAAUGACGAGAAGGUUGUGCGGAAGCGUUCAGGAGCCGACAGGACAGUUUGA